CUCCAGCGACUGUGCCCAUCCCUGCCCCCUUCUCCUUUCCUUGCCCCACUUUCACUGUCCCUCUAACCUCUGGACUUGCAUACUUUUUCUUCUCCAGCCUGGGGCACGGCGCUGCACCCAAAGGAACCUGCCUCGUCCUCAUGGCCUGCCUGAGCUCCUCACAGCUCCAGAAGUUUCAGGAGGAUGGCUUCCUGGUGCUGGACGGAUUUUUGUCAGCGGAUGAAUGUGUAGCCAUGCAACAGAGGAUUGGCGAGCUAGUGGCCAACAUGGAUGUCCCUCUCCACUGCCGCACGAUAUUUUCCACCCAGGACGAGCAGCUGAAGGUCCUGGACAACAGAGACUAUUUCUGGAACAGUGGCGACAAGAUUCGAUUCUUCUUUGAGAAAGGCGUUUUUGACGAGAAAGGAAAUUUCCUGGUCCCUCCCGAGAAAUCCAUCAACAAAAUUGGCCAUGCUCUGCAUGCCCAUGACCCUGUCUUCAGGAGUGUCACACACUCUCCCAAAGUGCAGGCCUUAGCCAAAAGUCUGGGCCUCCAGAUGCCCGUGGUGGUGCAGAGCAUGUACAUCUUCAAGCAACCUCAUCUUGGUGGCGAAGUCACUCCUCACCAGGACGCCACCUUCCUGUACACGGAGCCCCUGGGACGGCUGCUGGGCAUAUGGAUAGCACUGGAGGAUGCCACGCUGGAGAAUGGCUGCCUCUGGUUCAUCCCGGGCUCCCACACCAGUGGGGUGUCGAGAAGGCUGAUCCGGGCCCCUGCUGGCUCGAUACCUGUCACCAGCUUCCUUGGGUCUGAGCCUGCCCGGGAUAACAGCCUCUUUGUGCCCACACCAGUGCGGAGAGGGGCCCUCAUCCUAAUCCACGGAGAGGUGGUGCAUAAGAGCGAGCAGAACCUCUCGGACCGCUCACGCCAUGCCUACACUUUCCACCUCAUGGAGGCCUUGGGCACCGUCUGGAGCCCGGAGAACUGGCUCCAGCCAACAGCUGAGCUCCCCUUCCCCCCCCUGUAUACCUAAACAUCCUCUCGGGGCCGGGCCCGGUCUGUCCGGGCGAAGCUGCAGCCGGGCAAGCACCAGCACCUC